AUGUAGGCCACAUUGUAUACUAUGAACAAAUUUGCAGUUAUUCAAAGCUGAAGUAUUUUGAGAAACCUGUCACGUACCUCCAAAGUUCCUCUCAAGUAUCCCUGGGGGUACACGUACCCCAGGUUGAGAACCCCUGGUUUAAAGCAUCGUUACGUAACUACCGACACGUUGGUCUGACAGGACGUUAAGCUUACCAAGACAACAAAUUCACCCUGACAUCGCAGAUAUAGUGAAGAGAAAACGGGACUGAAGACGUCAAUGUUUUGUUAGAUUAGUUCCCGAGGCAGGCAAAUGUUAAGCAAGGCAGGAAGGUCCCACUAUUAAGGUCACUAAAACCCAGCAAAAGUCCAGAGAAUUAUGAGUAACUUGACAUGAAUGGUGAGGCGGUGACAGAACUCUUCGACUCGUUUUGGUGGUGACGCCUCCAGCUCGAUUUUGUGUCUUAUAUGGCCUUGUAAACACGCCGCUGCCCCGCUGCCAGCCGUCACCCGAGCACAGGUAGAGGCGCGGGAAAGUAGGUAAUGGGGCGGAGAGGGCGGGAAAGGGGCGCAGGUGGAGGUAAUGACACACUUUUAUGGAGAGGAAGUCUCAUAACCUUCCCGUUGAGGCACAGACAUGACGCUGUAGCGGCCUUGCUGUGUACACCUCAUGGUUAUGCAUUACACACACCUGGCCUACCCAGUCUUGACAGGCUCACAGGUAAACAGCAGGUUAGGCCUUGAUGUAUAGCUGUUCCGGCAGGAUUUGUAAGGGGAGGCGGCUAGGAAGCUUUUUGUCCUCCUUGGUGGGCGUGUCUACCACCACCACACCUGAACAGCUCCCAGGCAGUCCCUUGCCCCGCACUGCCGACCAUUAUGGCACGCCCACCGCACCACAUCCCGUGAAGAAGAUGCUUCCCACACUCACCAGUCUGAGCACCCUUCCCACAGUGCAUUACUCUGCUCUCUGGCCUAGGAAGGAGCGUCUCUACCCCAGGGACAUUGCAACAAAGUGGGGAAACGAUAAUAAAGGGCGCUGGGUGUUAACAGACUGCCAGCACACCAAGAUGUUUAACAAUGAUGGGAGUCGGAACACCAAGAGAUGAAACACGAAAAAGGGAGAAAGGCAUGAUGGCAACAAUGGAGGAAGGAAGAAGUGGAGGAAUGGAGGAAGUAAAAGUGAACACAUGAACUGCUUCUUUCUUUUCUCCCGGGCGUCGUUUUCAUAUAUUUUUUAAUUUUGGUUUUAUUGAAAGUUUCUGAUGCAUGUUGAAGAUAUUUUCGAGGAAUGAUAUUUGUGAAUACAGGAUACAAAGUUAAACACAAUGCUGAAAAUCAUUCCUUUCUUAGUCUACUACUACUACUACUACUACUACUACUACUACUACUACUACUACUACUACUACUACUACUACUACUACGCACGCACUGCUGACCAUCAAUGAAGAGGCUAAC